AUUUUCAGGCAAUUCGUUUUUGACCAUAUAUAGCGAUAAUACGUAUAAAGUAGUGUUCAAGAUUUAUAUUUUAGAAGAUAAUUAUUAUGUAAAACAUGAUUCACAGUACGCAAAUGUUUACAUUCUUUGGAAUUUUAUGCUUACUAUUUCUAACCGGAAUUGUUUCUUCAACUGAUGAGAAUUUAUCUCAAGUACCGCAGUGUUACCACCCAAUAGAAUAUCGUAUAAAUGUUUCUGCAAACGUACAAAACAAUUCUCUCACUGUUGAUUCUCGUGUCAAACUGAACGUUUCAUGUGUACUGCAAGAUAUACGAUUAUAUUUCGGUCGUUCUUGUAACAAAUUAUAUGAUGGUAACGUCGAUAUCAAUGUCUAUAAUUCGUAUUGGGAAUACAUGCUAUACUCUGAUGAAAACCAAUUGGUCAUUGAUAUUAGCCUUAAAAAAGAAUAUCAAAUGAACUCUAAAAAAGAGAUGCGUAAAGUAGAUAUAAUACCUGGAAUAUACUGGAUAAAUAUGAGAUAUGAGUGCAUUUUAGAUAUAGGUGCAACGAUCUUUCCAUAUGUACAUCAAAACAAAAAAGAAACAUAUUUGAUUUUGCCGCGUAUUCCCGCUGACUGGAUAUUUCCGUAUUGGAAUAAUUUCGCAAUUAAGGCUAACUUCACAAUUCAAGUUAAACAUGAUUACGGUGAAAAAGUUCUAUCAAAUAUGCUUGGUGAAGAAAUAAUGCAAAACUAUCAACUUUAUACUUUAUUUCGUACGACACCUAAAAUAUCCACUCAUUUGGUAGCAACAGCAAUCGUACCUUCGGAGUGUAUUACACAUGCCUACGUGUUAAAUACAUGUACUAUACAAAGCAGAUUCCAAGUGAAAAACUACAUUUCAUACGCAGUAUUUCUUAUAAAAGAGUUUACGACAUUGAUCGGACACAAGAUAAAGAACAACAAAUCAGUAUCACACGUGCAUUAUGUAGCACUGCCAAUAAAUUCCUACAAUUAUGAAACUAUAGUAACUACUGGAUUUGUUCUCUUUAGAGACGCUAAUAUCGCGUACAAUAUAGAGGUAGAUUCGAUUAUAAAAAAAAAAGAAGUAACACUUGUAGUUGUGCGCAGUGUGAUNCAANAAAUGUUAAGUGAAUGGUUACUUACGUUAAAAGACUCUGAUUCUUGGUUUAUAAAGAGUUUUUUGACAUUUUACGGAGUUUAUGUAAUCGAUCAGACUUCCACUAAGACUUUACUGAAGUCGAUUGCGAUCCAAAUAAGACGAGAAGUUUUUGAAUAUACGCAAGCAUGUAUUGAAUAUGAUAUACCAAUACCGAAAAAUUUAUUUUCCGACACUAUAACGUUUAGUAAAAUAUGGAAAAAGAAAGCAUUCAAUAUAUUUUAUAUGAUUAAUACUUUAAUACAUAACAAAAAUGUUCUAUACAACUCCAUUUUUGAGGAAGCGAUGAAAUUAUAUUCUACCAAGAAUACGUUUAGCGAUACAUAUAAUGAACAGUCUAUUUUUGAUAAUUUAUGGAACAAUUUAAGUGUUGAGCCGGCCGUUACUAAAAAUAUUCGUUUAAAGAAUAUAAAUAUAAAAAAUGUGAUAAAUUCUUGGAUAACACAAGAUGGUUAUCCUGUGGUACAAGUAACACGAGACAAUGACACACGGUCUUUGACAAUAAAGGUUAUAGACUGUGUAACAAUCAAUCAAAAAGAACUGUGUGAACACAAGUGGUGGAUACCUGUAACUUUUAUAGAAAUAUCAAAAAAUGAGUCUAUUAUACAUCAUUUGUGUCUAACGCCAAACGUACCAAGUAUCUAUAUUUUGAAAUUUGUAGAAGACGAUGUUAUCAUACUCACAGAGCCAAAUGGAUAUCGCGUCAACUACGAUUAUAAAUCUUGGAAAAAUAUUGCUUCUUUCCUGAAAAAUCCAAAAUCUAUAUAUUGGAAUGUAUCUGAGUUAUCUGACUCUACUUUAGCCCAACUUCUCGACGAUGCGUUUUAUUUUUUAAUACAAAAUACAAAGUACAACAAACAUCCAGUUGCAGGAGAUAGUAAUAUAAACAUGUUUUUAGAAUUUGCAAGCAAAGUAAUGUACGUGGAAAAUUCCUACAUAACAUGGUAUCCAUUGUUUACUGCUCUUCAAUACGUAUCAAAGAUAUUUCCGUUUCCAGAAAGCGCAAAAAUCAAGGAUAAAAUAUUAGAAAUAUUAAAUAGUUUUCUUGAAAAUACAUCAUACAUAAAUGUUUCCGAGAAUAGCGUUGAUACUCAAGUAUAUCACGAAGUUCUAAAAUGGACAUGUAUUGUUGGUGGUGUAAAAUGCAAAGAACAUCUUACUGAUAUAUUGAACUGGCAUUUCGAAAAUCCUGUAAAAAACAAAUUAUUGGCAGGUUGGCAAAAAUGGAUAUAUUGCCACGGUACGAUAAAAGAAAUUAUAACUUAUAUGACGUGGAAAACAAUACAGAACAUGUACGUGGUACAAGAGAAAAAAGAACAAUUCCUUCAAUAUUUAUCUUGUUGUGAACUGCAUUAUAGUAUAGAAACUUUGCGAUCUGAACUUGAACAUGAUUCAAUACAAGAAAGUGAUUCUGUUUCCAUUCUUUUCGAUCUUGUUGCAAGACAUGUAAAUGAGUUUUCUUCACUGAAUACUAUAAUAAACAAAAUACAAGAUAGAUUUCCAAGAAAGAUCAGUCUACUUGCAAUUGUGAAUUUUUGUAUUAACCACGUAUAUUUAGAUGAAGAUAUUGAAAAGGUUACUAAGGCUGUAGAACGUCUGUUUGAAAACCUACUCGACGUAUAUGAUGAAAACACGGCAAUGUUCAUAAACGACAUCAUAGCAAAAAAAGUUAUGUUUCGCCGUAGGUUUGUCAGUAGAACGCGAUAUAACAUUCGUAAUAAUAUUCACGAAGUACUUGAUUACAAAAAUAUAAAAAAUGUAAGUGUUUUGUAAUGUUUGUGUGCUACUUUUUAUUUAACUUAAAAAUAAUAUUUGUACAAGUUCAUGCGCUUGCUAUUAUAAU